AUGUCGCUCUCGGAUAAGGAACUCUACGAAUUGAACAAAAAGGCCGUCACGGAAGGGUUCAAAAUCAAGCCCAGAAUCCAGUAUAACACCGUUGGUGGGGUCAAUGGUCCCUUGGUGAUUCUCGAUAAUGUCAAGUUCCCGCGUUUCAAUGAAAUUGUCAAUUUGACUUUACCCGAUGGCACAGUGAGACAAGGCCAAGUGUUGGAAGUGCGUGGCACCAAGGCCAUUGUGCAGGUGUUUGAAGGUACCAGUGGUAUCGAUGUCAAAAAGACCCGGGUUGAGUUCACGGGCGAAAACUUGAAAAUGCCCGUUUCCGAAGACAUGUUGGGUCGUAUUUUCGACGGAUCCGGUAGACCGAUUGACAAAGGUCCCAAGAUCUUUGCCGAGGAAUACUUGGAUAUCAAUGGAUCGCCCAUUAACCCCUAUGCGCGUAUCUACCCUGAGGAAAUGAUUAGUACCGGUAUCUCUGCCAUUGACACUAUGAACUCCAUUGCCCGUGGUCAAAAGAUCCCCAUUUUCUCGGCGUCGGGCUUGCCUCAUAAUGAAAUCGCUGCUCAGAUUUGUAGACAGGCAGGGUUGGUUCGUCCAACCAAGGAUGUGCAUGAUGGACACGAGGAGAACUUCUCCAUUGUGUUUGCUGCCAUGGGUGUCAAUUUGGAAACUUCGCGUUUCUUUAAGCAAGAUUUCGAAGAGAAUGGAAGUUUGGAGAGAACUUCGUUGUUUUUGAACUUGGCCAAUGAUCCUACUAUUGAAAGAAUCAUUACGCCAAGAUUGGCGUUGACCACCGCCGAAUACUUGGCCUACCAAACUGAAAGACACGUGUUGACAAUCUUGACCGAUAUGAGUUCAUACGCUGACGCUUUGAGAGAAGUUAGUGCUGCUCGAGAAGAGGUGCCCGGCAGAAGAGGUUACCCAGGUUAUAUGUAUACCGAUUUGUCCACCAUCUAUGAAAGAGCCGGUAGAGUCGAAGGCAGAAACGGUUCGAUUACUCAAGUGCCAAUCUUGACUAUGCCCAAUGAUGAUAUCACGCAUCCAAUUCCAGAUUUGACUGGUUACAUCACCGAGGGUCAAAUUUUCGUUGAUAGACAGUUGUCCAACAGGGCCAUUUACCCACCAAUCAACGUUCUUCCCUCGUUGUCGCGUUUGAUGAAGUCUGCUAUUGGUGAAGGCAUGACCAGAAAAGACCACGGCGAUGUUUCAAAUCAAUUGUAUGCCAAAUACGCCAUCGGUAAAGAUGCAGCGGCCAUGAAGGCCGUUGUCGGUGAAGAGGCCUUGAGCACUGAAGAUAAGCUAUCCUUGGAGUUUUUGGAGAAGUUUGAAAAGAAUUUCAUUAGUCAAGGUGCUUAUGAGAAUAGAACCAUUUUCGAAUCCUUGGACUUGGCUUGGUCAUUGUUGAGAAUUUACCCAAGAGAAAUGUUGAAUAGAAUCAGCCCAAAGAUCUUGGACGAGUUUUACGGUAGAGACAGGGACCAAGACGACGACGAUGAAGAUGAAGAUGAAGAUGAAAGUCAUGACAAUGACAACAAUGGAAAGAAGAGGGACUUGAUCGAUGGCUAA